UCUCCCCCUGCGAAUUAGAUUCCUUUUCAUGCUUUAAUAAUUGACAUAGUGAUUACAACAGCAGGAGGGGAAUGACUAAGCACUGGUCAUUGGAGUACGUGUUUUUCACUUCCUCGUCGUCUGGCAUUGCUCUGUGUGGCCUACAAAGUAUACAGGAGCUGGGGAAGGAUUCCACUGUGUCUUCCUGGUGGCAGCUAGGUCCUAGGAGAAGUUAUGAUAAUCGUGGUGAUGGGAGUGAGCGGCUCUGGGAAAACAGCAGUAGGAUCUCAUCUGGCAGAUCAGGAUGCAAAUUCUAUGAUGCAGAUGAUUAUCAUCCCAUGGAAAAUAAAAAGAAGAUGUCUCAAGGGAUACCACUAAAUGAUCAGGACAGACAUCCUUGGUUGUGCUCACUCCAUGAAUUAAUAAAGAGGUGAGUAUAUAUCCUGCACCCAGAUUAAA